AUGGCUUUAGAUUUCUCUGCAACGUACAAAUUACUUGUUUUGGGCGAUUCAAAUGUCGGUAAAACGUGUAUUGUGCAUAGAUAUUGUGACGAAAGAUAUUACGAUAUUUAUAUAUCGACAAUAGGGAUAGACUUCAAGCAAAAAAUAAUUAACCUGGAUGGAGUGCCAAUUAAACUUCAAAUAUGGGAUACAGCGGGCCAGGAGAGAUUCCGGACCCUCACUACAGCCUACUACCGAGGCGCGAUGGGAAUUAUUCUUAUGUACGAUAUUACAAACCUGGAAUCUUUCAACCAUUUGUCUUAUUGGCUAAGAAAUAUACAAGAAUACGCUUCUCCUGAUGUUAUCAAAGUUCUAGUUGGAAAUAAAUCUGACGUUCAUGAAAACAAUAGAGCUGUACCAAAAGAAAGAGGCCAAAAGAUUGCAGAUGACUUCGAUAUGCCUUUUUUUGAAGUUUCAUGCAAGAAUAAUAUAAACAUCGAAGAAGCUUUCCUCACAUUAGCAAGAAAGAUAAGGGAAUACAGAGAAUCUAAGGCGGAUGCUUUCGAGUUAAAAGAGAGAGAGAACGUUAUCAAGCCUUCUGAAUCCCAGACAGACGUAUCCAAGUGCAGUUGUUAG